AGCAGCAACUCUGAACGCAAGAAGGCUGUCAUCAGUUUCAAGAUGGAUUCUCUUAUUGCAGCAAACUCCAAAUUUAGCUUUGAUCUUUUUAAAGAGAUAAGCAAAAAUGAUGGUGCUAAGAACAUCUUCUUUUGUCCUCUGAGCCUCUCAGCUGCCCUUGGCAUGGUCCGUCUGGGGGCCAGAAGUGACAGUGCACAUCAGAUAGACCGGGUACUCCACUUCGAUGAAGUUUCCCAGGAGAAAACCAAAGCACCGGAUCCCUGUCUGAAAUACAAAGAGCAGAAGGCGCUGGCUGACAGCCCUCCGGAAGGGCAGAAAGGAGCGACCAAGCCUUCAACCCCACAGGUGGAGUCUUCAAAGGAUGAGAAUGAACUUCUCAGUUGCUACUUUGGGCAGCUUCUCUCCAAACUAGAUAGGAUCAAAUCUGAUUACACCCUGAGUAUUGCUAACAGGCUUUAUGGAGAGCAGGAAUUUCCAAUCUGUCCGGAGUACUUAGAUGAUGUGAUUCAAUUUUAUCACACAACCAUCGAAAGUGUUGACUUCCGGAAAGACACUGAAAAGUCCAGACAAAAGAUUAACUUCUGGGUUGAAUCUCAAUCCCAAGGUAAAAUCAAGGAACUCUUCAGCAAGAAUGCCAUUAAUAAUGGGACUGUCCUGGUGCUGGUGAAUGCUGUUUACUUCAAGGCCAAAUGGGAAAAAUACUUUGAAGUUAAAAACACAGUUGAUGUACCUUUCUCUUUAAGUGAGAAUGAGAAGAAGACUGUGAAGAUGAUGAAUCAAAAGGGUAUGUUUAAAAUGGGCUUCAUAGAGGAGGUGAAUGCACAGAUCCUUGAAAUGCCGUACAUCAAGGGCAAGCUCAGCAUGUUCGUCCUCCUGCCGUCUUGCUCUGCAGAUAACCUGAAGGGCCUACAGGAGCUUGAAAGGAACAUCACUUAUGAAAAAAUAGUGGCCUGGAGCAGUUCAGAAAAUAUGUCAGAAAAAAGAGUAGCUGUCUCCUUUCCCCAGUUCACCCUGGAAGACAGCUAUGAGCUCAACUCUAUUCUCCAAGACAUGGGCAUCACGGAUAUCUUUGAUGAAAAGAAGGCUGAUCUUACUGGAAUCUCUCUACAUCCCAGUUUGUACCUGUCGAAAGUUGUCCAUAAAACCUUUGUGGAGGUGGAUGAAAAUGGCACCCAGGCUGUCGGAGCCAGUGGGGCUGUGGGCAGUGUAAUGUCUGCACCAUCCUGGGAGACCUUUAAUGCUGAUCACCCUUUUCUCUUUUUCAUCAGACACAACAUAAACCAAACCAUUUUCUUCUAUGGCAGGGUCUGCUCUCCUUGAAAGGGGCACAGUGCCUAGUACCUGGGAGCUGGAAGAAAAUGACAAUGUAAUCUUCCCAUAGCAUAAUGUGGGCAUUUUUUUUGCUAAUAUCUAAAGCUGAUGGAAUUUCAUCACAGUGUCAUGCUCCCUUCUUCCAGCUUUUGGCCUGGGUGUGUCCUGCUCUUUUUCUCAACCUGUAGUUGACUUUCGUCUAAAUCCUUUAGUAUUGAAGAACCCUUGCUCCCUCUUUCACCUCUCACCACCCCGAGCUUUCAAGCAUAUAAAAAAAUUCACCCUCUGGACCUGAAAGUCAACAUCAUUGAGAAUGAUAUUGACUUUAAGUUACCUACCUCCUUUUGAGGGAAUCGUGAAAGUUCAAAUCAUUAGACCACUUCUAGGAAAUGGCAAACACAGAAACCACUUUAACAUGGGUGACAAGAGAAAAUGUUUAAAUGGAAUGUAUUUUUGGAAACUCAGCUCUGUUUCUAUGACAGUUAAAAUUUCCGUGCACUGGGCAAGAUGCAUCUUCCUCUUCCAUCUUCUAUUUCCCAAAGAUGUCCUGUAAGAGGCUUCUCACUUAGGAGGAAGGAAGGCUUGGGCAUGGAUUUCAGUGAGAGCUCAAAGUUAUAGAAAUGUAUCAACCAGCAUUCAUUUUGCACAGAGAAUUUGUCUUGUGAAUUUGACAUUGACCCAGGAGAGUGGCAAGUGAAUUUAAAAGAGAUUAGUCUCAGUUUUCCUCAUUGAGUCACUGAGGCUAUCAUCAUGAAGCACUGCUCUCUGUCUCUUCUGCACCCUCUUCCCUUACUUAGAGCAUUCUCCUAAAUACCCAUCAUGAGGUGGGGGAGGGAGCACUUUUCACUGUGGAAAGUUGGGGUCCUCAUCCCCCUCUCUGUACUCUGCUCACAUGAACCUAUUUGUCCACCCAAAGGUCUCAGGCCUGGGCCCGGGCAUGAUGCAUGUGGAAUCUCUUGUCAGGAAGGCCACUGGCUCCAUAUCCAGCUCCAAUCUACUGAAAGCCCGAUGCCUGAGUGUUCGACUACAGGACCCGGGACCUUUGUUCUCUGAUGUGUCAGUUUGAGUUCUUGAUCUCUGCCUUAGCUGAACGCUCUGGAAUGACCCUGACAUGCCUCAGUCUUUUUUCUGUGGAGGUGAACUUCUGGCCCCACUUCCCUGCCCUGCCUUAUAUCCAUCUUCUUCCCAGUUGCCACCGUGUUGGUUACGUGUGGUGGUAGCAGUUUUUGCAGGUGAAGGUAGGUUAACUUCACAUGCUUUCAUGCUUUCCCAUCCACCCAAAUUUUCUUCCACACUGGCAAUUUCUUUGUGCUGUGAGAGUCAAGUUCCAUGUUCUUCAUGCAGGCUGCAGAUAAUCAAAGUUUGUUUAUGGCAUUAAACAUUUUCUCAUUGGGGAUAUGAGGCAGUUUUGGGCAGCUCUUGCAAGUCCUUUAUCCAUAAUUCACAUCCCAUGGAUCAAAUUUAUCUCAGAUAAUCAAAUACUUAGUGUCUCCUGUGGUUCCUUUUGGGGCUGAUGAUCUUGAAGGCCGAUUCCACACUGACCUGCAUCAUCGCUGGACACUGAGCUGGAUAAUCAUAACCUACAAAUAGGCUUGGAAUUGUCUGGCAUUGUUUACAUUCUUAUCUUCUUUGGUGAAAAAAACUUCCUAUUUGUAUUGUGAUUUCUCAAAAUUUUAAUCCCAAGGGGAAAUAUAUCUGUUUACAAAAAUGAGAAAGAGUGAGAUUAUUAAAUCUUUCUGUAAAUCAGUAAAUGCAUUCUUUAUACAAC